GGCUCCGAGCCGCCGCCGCCGCCGCUGCUGCCCCACUCCCGCGACCCGCGGGCCGCCCGGGCUAGUGUGCGGGCCAAGGCUGGUGGCCCAGAGCCUGCCGCCGCGCCCCGGCCGGGCGUGGAUGGAGGGCACCGCGCACCCUGCCCGGUGCUCGGCGUGACGCGGGCCCCGCGCCGCGCGCCCACCAUGUCCUACCCGCAGGGCUACCUGUACCAGGCCCCCGGCUCGCUGGCGCUCUACUCGUGCCCGGCAUACGGCGCGUCGGCGCUGGCGGCGCCGCGCAGCGAGGAGCUGGCGCGCUCGGCGUCGGGCUCGGCGUUCAGCCCCUACCCGGGCUCGGCGGCCUUCACGGCGCAGGCGGCCACCGGCUUCGGCAGCCCGCUGCAGUACUCGGCUGACGCCGCCGCCGCCGCAGGCUUUCCGUCCUACAUGGGCGCGCCCUACGACGCCCACACGACCGGGAUGACGGGCGCCAUCAGCUACCACCCCUACGGCGGCGCGGCCUACCCGUACCAGCUCAACGACCCGGCGUACCGCAAGAACGCCACGCGGGACGCCACGGCCACGCUCAAGGCCUGGCUGCAGGAACACCGCAAAAACCCGUACCCCACCAAGGGCGAGAAGAUCAUGCUGGCCAUCAUCACCAAGAUGACCCUCACGCAGGUCUCCACCUGGUUCGCCAACGCGCGCCGGCGCCUCAAGAAGGAGAACAAGAUGACGUGGGCCCCGCGGAACAAAAGCGAGGACGAAGACGAGGACGACGCGGCGAGGAGCAAGGGGGGGAGCCCGGACCGGGCGCGGGAGGGUGCGGAGACGCCAGCGGAGGACCCAGGGAGCAGCCUGCACGUCGACUCGCUCACGGACCACUCGUGCUCCGCCGAGUCCGACGGGGAGAAGCUGCCCUGCCGGGCCGGGGACGCCCUGUGCGAGUCGGGCUCGGAGGGCAGGGACAGCAAGUACGACGACCUGGACGACGACGAGGACGACCAGGAGGAGCGCCAGCGGGACCCGGCGCCUCCCGAGCCGGUGAUCUCGUCGCCGCUCACCGGCUUGGAGGCGCCGCCGCUGAGCCCCCCGCCCGAGGCCGCGCCCCGCGGGAGCGGCGGCGGCAAGGGGCCCCUGGGCAGCCGGACGUCGCCGGGCAGGCCGCAGCCGGCCAGCAAGCCCAAGCUGUGGUCCCUGGCGGAGAUCGCCACGUCGGACCGCAAGCAGCCGAGCCUGGGCCCGGGCUGCGCGCCGCCGGGGCUGCCCGCGGCCGCCGCGCCUGCCUCGUCCGGGGCUCCACCGGGCGGCUCGCCCUACCCCGCUUCGCCGCUGCUCGGCCGCCACCUCUACUACACGUCGCCCUUCUACGGCAGCUACACAAACUACGGGAGCUUGGACGCGGCGCUGCAGGGCCAGGGCCUCCUGCGGUACAGCUCGGCCGCCGCGGCCCCCACAGAUGCGCGGCACGCAAGCAGGGCGGCAGGCGACGCUGGCAAGGCGGGCGCGCUCCCGCUCGAGCCUCGCUACCGGCCCCCGGGCGGCGGCUACGAGCCCAAGAAAGAUGCCAGUGAGGGCUGCUCCGCGGUUGGUGGGGGCGUCCAGCCCUACCUAUAGAAGGGCCUUGCGCAGCAAUGCAAGUAAGUGGACACCGUGGAGUGGUCUCCCACCCCGGGAACCUCCCUGCACCAGUCGCGCUGCUUAAUGAGUAUUUCUUGCUUCUUGUCACGAAGUCUGAGGACAGAGCACGGCAAUCAGAUCUGGUCUUUUUUUCUUUGAGUAGGAAAUACUUGUUAAAGAGAGAGUCUGCCAUUCUCUACUUAAGUUCUGCUUUGAAGAAUCACUCCUUUAACUGGAAUGAAUAUAUAAAUACAUAUAUAUAUGUGUAUAUACAUAUACACACAUGAUAUAUAAUAUAUAUGUGCUAUAGAUAUAAUUGUGUGUGUGUGUGUGUGUGUGUGUGUCUCACCACUGCAGUCUGGGUAUUUGUAUGCACUUGGAACCGUUUUUACUAUGCUAGACACGUAACAGACACUUGCUGUGAUGAACUAGAGCUAGUGAAACCUGUGGGCUCCAAACCCUGUUACAGGUGGUGUUUGCAGACACAGCAGCACUGGUUUCCUGUCAGGCCUGUGCCCUUGUGUCCAGACGGACCAGAUAGGGCCCUGAAGUGUGCUGGCUCACAGCAGUAUCUCAGAAAACACCACUUUACAACUAGGCAAAAUUACUAAUAUUGGAUCCUGAAGAUGGGAAAGAGGUUGAACCAUUACAGUUGGACUCACUUUUGUAAUGGGACGUCAGUGUGGGACUGAAAGAUUGGGGAUGAUAUGGUUUUUUCCUUGGUCCACAGGUAGGUGUCACAAUUGCUUUGGAAAAAAAAAAAGUCAGCAGGCCAUUCUCUUCCCAAGUGCAUAAAUAUACAGACAUAGAAAACAGAUCUGUAAAUCCGGACUGCAUCUUGUACCACUGUAAAAGAGAAGGAUCCACAGACUCUAACGGAAAAGACUUGUUGGACAUAGGUGAAUCUGUUGGCAUAGUAUAGCUUCCCCAAUGUAUGUGUGACUUUUGAAAACAAUCUUUUUUCUCAGGAUAUCUUGAAUUGAUCACUUCAUUGCCACGGUAUAUAUUCUAUAGGUGUGAUAGGAUUUACUGUAAAUUUUAUUUGUAAAAGAUGUACACAGUAGAAAUAAAACGUGAUUGAAGAACUUGAGUACUUAAGAAGUGGAAACAAAUUUGAUAUUUAUUUUUAUAAUGAUAUAAAGCUUCUAGUAAUUUAUGCAAGUUGUAUUGCAAUGGAAUCUAAACUUUUUGUAAAUAAAUUCUGCCUGGUUUUUA